AUGGCUGCCCGGCCUGCACGACCCAAACCGCUGGACUGGUCGGCUCCGGCGCAUCUGACGGUGUUUGUUCGUAAUCUGCAACUGCUGCACCUGGACCACCGAGAUGACUGGCCUGGUAUCACACUCCACUCGCUGUCCCCGUCAUCGCAAAACCAGCGACAGCGAGUCCGUCUCAUAGAAUGGGCUUUGUACUAUUUGUUCACCAUCUGGGACCCCGAGGGUGCUCAAAAUAAACUCCGACCUUUCUUCCCGCCCCUCGAACCCCUACAGUCCGUUAACCUCCGCGCGGCCCUGUUCCGGGCGCUGACGGAAUUGAAGAAAAAUGGCGACCUUGGACGAGAGACAAUCCUCCGCAAAACCAUGCUGGAUUACUGCAAGGGCGAGAAAUUCGACGAGCUGCUCGCGGGUUUCUCCACGGCCGUUCUUCGCAAACUCCUUACCGUCUCAGCAGACGAGAUGAUUGGUAAUCGCGCCAUGAAGCUGUCGACGGCGACUUUUCUCUCUCCUAUCGACUACCAGAAUAUGUUACCGCUGAUUCUUGCGCACCAAGUGUCCCUCGGCGUGACAGGGGAACGCCGCGCGCGGGUGCGAGAGGCCUAUGACGAGUUCGCCGACCUCCUGGGUCAAAAGAAGACUGAGUUAGAUGAGCGAGCUAAGCAGAAUUCGAGCCCGGUCAUCCAGCCUGGAAAUGCCUCGGAGGACUUGGUCCGCGAGCUUCGGGCAAAUUGGCUGGGCAGCGAAGAAUGGGCCACUGCUUUGCUCGAGGGCGGAUCGCAGAGCAGCACAGAUGCUUUCCUGGAACUUCCUUUCUCGGAAGCGUGGGCUCGGGCGACAGAUUCAACCAUGGGUGGUCUUAGAGCUGGCUUGAAGCAAGAUCUGGUGCUUGAUCUAGAGACCCGGGUCUUGCACCAGCGGAGUCGUCUGCGUCGGUGGCUUGAAUACAACGACCUGCUUCGCAAAGAACGAGGUGAGAAUUCUAGCGUGGAAAUGGCCGACUCGCCCAGUGAAUCUCGUCUGCUCUUCCGGGAUCAUCAGUCUCUUACGGUUGCGAGUAUAUCCAAAGCGGUCCGACAGCCCGCUGAUCGUGGGAGGGUACUCAAAGAGGCGGACCACUCUCUCAUGUCGGCUGUGAAGGAAGCAAUGAUUCGCAUUAAUGGCAAAGCUCGCCCAAACCUUCAUCAUGCGGAUCCAACGCCAGCAGAACCAGGCCAUUCAGAACCAGGCCAUUCAGAACCAGGCCAUUCAGAACCAGGCCAUUCAGAACCAGGCCAUUCAGAACCAGGCCAUUCAGAACCAGGCCAUUCAGAACCAGGCCAUUCAGAACUACCUCGUCCUUCCACAGAAACCGUCCCUCUAAACAUGUCGUCUCCCAUGGCAGCCGGUUCUCCGGCGUCUAGUGUUGAACCAGACUCAGAAUCCACCGCAAACCGUACCGAACCCAACCAGUUCAACCGGCCAUCCCUUCCUGUGGUCCGGCUUUCGCCUGACCGUGACUCUUCACCCGACUCCCUGCCAGACCUAGAACCCAUCAAGGCCUCCUCUAGUUUCACUCUUGCUGAACGCACCCGCAAAUCCAUGUCCCUGAUCCCCCCACUUCCUGCUCACGACACUCAAACUCAUCCCCGACCCCGUCGCGGGCCCCGAACCUCCUUUCCGGUCAACCAAUUUGAAACGCCGCGGAAGUCUUCUGCCCAGUCCCUUCAUAGGCAUUCCCGCGCAUCGACACCGCAGGAUCAACUGUUUGAAGAAGACGCUGACUACGCGAGUGUUUUCAAGUCACGCCCGCGCGUAGCGCACAGUCCUAUCUCGUCGCCCGCCGUGCAUGUCAGUCCUUCCCUAGAGGAUUUCGAAUUGGACCCUGCAGAUGCAGACUGGGCGACAGUGGAUUCGCCUUUGGCUGCUGUGCAGUCGAGGCGAUGA